AGCUAGUGUAUAUUUAUCACCAAGUUUUUGUGUUGACGAAUUUAUUCAUGCAUCCAUCAAAUAUCCACUUUCACCUGCCCUCUCACAUUAUUUUUUCGAUAGUAUCAGAAAUACAAAAACUUCACAUUCUUUUCACAACAAAAUGUCCUCUCUAGUAUUCUUCAAUUACAGAGGUGCGAAGCUGCGUUACAGCUUCGUCAGCCACCUCAGUGAUGCCUUUGAGAGACAUGGUAUCAACUUCUUCCUAGACAAUCAUGAACAGAGGGGCAAAGAUCUUGCAAAUCUCUUUGUGCGAAUCGAAGAGUCGAGGAUCGCACUAGCCAUCUUCUCCACAAGAUAUGCAGAGUCGAGUUGGUGUAUGGAUGAGCUUGUGAAAAUGAAGAAAUGUGUGGAUAAAGGAAAGCUCAAAGUCAUUCCUAUCUUUUACAAGAUUAGGGCAAGAGAUGUGAGAGGACAGACAGGAAAGUUUGGUGACAAAUUUUGGGAGCUAGCAAAGGUUUCUCGUGGAGAUAAGAUCAAGAAGUGGAAGGAUGCUUUAGAAUGUAUCACCGGGAAGAUGGGUUUGUCCUUGGGAGAAAAGUGUUCCGAAGCCGGUUUUAUUAUGGAAAUCAUUAAGGAAGUUAAGAUAGUUUUAGCCGCAAUUGGACGUGAAGGAAAAGAACAUAAUUAUGUUAGUGUUUUAAAAAAUAAGAAGAGAAAGAUUUGGAAUUGUACAUAUGAACCUGUUCACUACAAAAGGAGCAACAUCCAGAAGUUCUAAAGUAAAACUCAAGCACAUCUUCAGCGGCGUCAAGUGUUUAAAAUGAUGUGAUUAGUUUCUUUGUUGUGGAGAUCAUGUACCUUGAUUUUGUGUAAGACUGUAAGGUAAGAGAGUAUAGAAGAAAUUGUAUAAUAAUAAUUCAAAAAUAGCUGGAUCACUCUUUAGGUUUUCUUCUUGGUUCUUCUAAUGCAUGUGAACUCUAUAUUUAGCCUAUUGUUGGGAGAUAUUAUAGGAAUAUAAUUUCAUGUAUUUC